ACGAGGCUUUGGUUACGCCCCUGUAAAUGUGACAAGGGCGGUUGAGAAGGGAGGGUUCUUUUCUUUUUCCUUCACACAUCCCACAAAGCGGGUCAGUUUGGAGAAGCUGAGUGGAGACACGGCAUUGAAGGUCGAGAUUUCCUCUGCUCCUCCCUAGUAGAUUCUACAUCUGAUUUUCCGGGGAUACCAUACUUGCCUCUCCUGACCUGUACCAGUUACAGACUGUUUAUUUAAAACGAGAGUAAUUCAUUGACAAUGGAAAAAACCGAGUUGAUCCAGAAAGCCAAACUGGCCGAGCAGGCAGAGCGUUACGAUGACAUGGCAGCCGCCAUGAAAAACGUAACAGAGCAAGGUGGUGAAUUGUCCAACGAAGAGAGGAACCUGCUGUCUGUCGCUUAUAAGAACGUGGUGGGUGCGCGUAGGUCGGCUUGGAGGGUCAUCUCAAGCAUCGAACAGAAAACUGAAGGGGACGACAAGAAACGUGACUUGGUCAAGCAGUAUCGGGAGAAGGUGGAGGUGGAACUGAAGGAUAUCUGCAUGGACGUGCUGAAACUGUUGGACGAAUACUUAAUCAGUAACUCAACCACUGCAGAAAGCAAAGUCUUCUAUUUAAAGAUGAAGGGAGAUUACUAUAGAUAUCUUGCUGAGGUUGCUGGAGACAAGAAAGAUGCAAUAGAGAAUUCCCAAAUUGCCUAUCAAAAUGCUUUCGAUAUCAGCAAGGAGCAGAUGCAGCCUACACAUCCAAUCCGUUUGGGACUGGCCCUGAACUUCUCUGUAUUUUUCUACGAGAUCCUUAACUCUCCAGAAAAGGCCUGCGCACUUGCGAAACAAGCUUUUGAUGAUGCAAUUACAGAGCUUGAUACACUAAAUGAAGAUUCUUAUAAGGACAGCACUCUCAUCAUGCAGUUACUUAGAGACAACCUAACAUUAUGGACAUCAGAUACUGCAAAUGAAGAUAAUGACUGUCCAGAACCAGAAGUAAACUAAGUUGCACAUGGAGUGGUGGUCUCAAAACAACAAAACAAACUUUAAAAGAAAAAAAAAAAAAAAACCUUUUUACACGUCUCCAUUCCUUAUUGCUCCACUCAGAAUUCUUAAAGCAAUGAAAGCCUUUACUGAAUAGAUGUGUAUGGAAAUUCAACAAUUUUAGUCUUUUCACACUGCAGCUUUGGGAAUAAAAAAAGCAAAAAUAUUCCAUUCCUUGGUUUGUUUGUUUUCCCCAACCUUCCUGCUGUGCAGUUACUGCUGUAGAAAAGUAUUAAUAGCUUCAUUUUAUCUGUGUUAAGUAACUUCAAGGAAAAAUAACAUUCGUGUUUGACAUUCAAGAAGCAAAAAAUUCAAUUAGAGCAUUUAAUUUCUUUUAAACAGGAGGGUUUAAUUUCAUUGUUGCAAGUUUAUAUAUUGUGGGGAGGGGUUGGCGGACUCUAAAGACUGUUAAAUUUGUGUUAGUGCCACUGCUUUCUUUCUGAUGCAAAACUCCCCUGGUUUACCUACGGCUACAAAUUUCCAAAAUUCCCACCUAACACAAAUCCAACCCAAUUUAAGUUUAUUUAAGAAAAUAAGGGCCUUAAAGUGUACCAUUUAUUUGUCAAAACCUCAAUCACUUUAUAAAUUUAUUUUUGUAACAAGCAUAUCCUGCUUUGCUGCCCAUUUCAAAGUGUGUUUGUGUAGGAUAUCUGAGUCAAGUGGCACCUAUGGAAGAGGGGGAAAAAAAAAAGUGCAUGCGUUUUUUUGUUUUUUUUUGUUUUCCUUCCCCCUUCCUCUCUUUCACAGGAAUGGAAAUUUAAAUUUAAAACUCUUAAGUCCAGGUAUCUUGUUUAGUACUUUUCAAUGCAGGUUUGUGCACAUGUAAGAGGGUGUUUGAUCUGUCCAGUGAUUGCUAUUAGACCUUUGGACCACUAUUGUGUUUUGCUAAUCAUUGAUUGUAGACCCCAAAAGCAUUGUGAAAAUGUUUAAUGCCCUAUGUAACAGCAAUGUAACGUAAUAAAAUGACAUUUUAUAAACCA